UCGGUCAUCUUAAACAGUGCGCAAGUAAAGGACCGUCCUUGAGCAUCUUUUCUCUCCAUGAUGAGUCUCACCAUCCUGUUCUUACUGGUAACUUUGAUGCUGCCAACUUUUUCAGCUCAAGGAGGCAUCUCUAAAUGCUGUCUGAAAAACAUCAAAACUAAGGUUCAUCGAACGUUGCUGAGGAGUUACCAUGAGCAAAAUGAUCCAUCAUUAUGUUCUGUACCUUCAGUGGUAUUUACCACUACAAAAGGGAAGAAACUCUGUGCUAACCCCAGCAAUAUAUGGACAAAGACCAGCAUGGCCUAUCUGGAUGGAAAGAACUGGCAGCAAAAACAAACUACUUUAAAAAAGAAGCUGGAAAAUUAAUCAAACUAAUCCCACUAUUGAAACAAUAAUGGUAUCCCAUUUUCUUCCCUGCUGUUUAAGUUUAACUACCCAUCGGCUUUGCAGCGUGCCACAUUUUGGUAAAAUUGUAUCAUCUAUCGCAGCACRUUUGACUUAACAAGUUUUGUUGCCAAUGAAAACCUUGAAAAUUGAUACUUUUAACUGUGAAAUGAUCAUGGAUUCAACCUAAGGACAGUCACAGUGUAAUGGUUGCAGUUCUCUAAUCAUGAGUUUUAUAUCAGGGCAAAUUAUAGAUGCACAAAGCUACAAUUGCUUUUGUGUCACCUAAUGUUGUUUGUUGGUGUUUGAUUUCUGUAAGCUCUCACACUCAUGGGACAUAAGAGCGAGGAAAAACUCAAUUCAUUGAAAACUAAAAAGUGUGCCCUAAUGGGCAAUUUUUUUUACAUAAAAAAAAAAAUAGCACCAAAUUCAUCUCAAAUUUAAAACCCAACUCAUCAGCGGUCUGGCAAUAUGAUGACUUUUUGCCCACAACAAUGACCAUUGCUUUCCACUUCCCCUCACAGGACGGUUUGACACUUUAGACUACUGGCUAACCAGACGGAGGCUUUGCAGUCAGUGUAUUUCCAUUAGUGUUUUAACACUAUGAUGUGUGAAGCUCUAAAAAAAAAAAAAAAGAAAAAAAGUUUGCUCUCAGUAGGCUGGGAGAGAAAGUACAGCUGUGUGUCAGUGUGGUGCAGCUGGGGGAUGUUUGAGGGGCUGAGAAUGGAGAGCGUUUGAGGUUGUUGCAAUGUUUGCUAAAACCAAACUGUAAUGGGUUUUUCCCACCCCCUGUAUAAAUUAUAAGCCCACCCCUAUUAUUAUGUGUGUGAUGGAGAA